ACUAUUCACGACGGCAAAUUCUGUAUUGCGACAUGUCGAAAACGGAAUCGGAAUGAUAUGCGGCACAACUGAGAAAUACUUCAUGUUAUUUAACUAGUUGUUAAAAGAGAAACUGACACAACAGGCGUUUACCCACGAUGCUGGUCACCGUUUUCUGCGCGCCGAGGGAUCACCCAGAGACCACCUUCGCCCUCGAUGUAUCCCCGGAGCUGGAGCUGAGAGACUUUAUAGCACUUUGUGAACUGGAAUCGGGAAUCCCAGCUGGGGAAAUUCAGAUUACAAUUGCAGAACAGACCCUAAAAGACCAUACCCGUGCCUUGGGGACCUAUGGUGUUAAGGAUGGAGACGUUGUGGUUCUCAGGCAAGCUGACAGAAGGCCACCACCAGCCCAGCCAGCCUUCCCAGGUCUGCCACAUAUUGACUUUCGUUCCAUCACAAUUCCCGGCACAUCUUCUUCAUCUAAUCAACGCGGCGCAGUGAGGCCUCAACAGCAACAGACUUUGCCGCCGCCACCGCCGCAGCCUCAGCAGCAGCCUCAGCAGCAGCCUCAGCAGCAGCAACAACAGCGCACCGCACAGCCGGCAAUCCCAUCGGCUUUUCGUGGGUCCUCUCCUCAGGGGCUUGAUGACCCUGCCUUACUCCAGCAGAUGCUAUUGUCCAAUCCGCAUGAGCUCUCUCUCCUCAAGGAGCGAAACCCGCCGCUUGCUGAGGCUCUGCUGAGCGGAGAUUUGGAGCGAUUCACCAAAGUGCUGCUGGAGCAACAGCAGGAUCGAGCAAAGCGAGAGCAAGAGAGGAUCAGACUUCUGACAGCUGAUCCUUUUGAUUUGGAUGCCCAAGCAAAGAUUGAGGAGGACAUCAGGCAACACAAUGUGGAAGAAAACAUGACGAUUGCAAUGGAGGAGGCUCCAGAAAGCUUCGGGCAGGUGGUGAUGCUCUACAUUAACUGCAAGGUCAACGGGCACCCUGUCAAAGCUUUUGUUGACUCAGGGGCCCAGAUGACUAUCAUGAGCCAAGCGUGUGCUGAGCGCUGUAACAUUAUGCGGCUGGUGGACCGUCGCUGGGCCGGAAUUGCCAAGGGAGUGGGCACCCAGAAGAUCAUUGGCAGAGUUCAUUUGGCUCAGGUCCAAAUAGAGGGUGACUUCCUCCCGUGUUCUUUCUCCAUCUUGGAGGACCAGCCAAUGGACAUGCUGCUUGGCCUGGAUAUGCUGAAGAGACAUCAGUGUUCGAUCGACCUGAAGAAGAACUUCCUACUAAUUGGCACCACAGGCACCGAGACUCGCUUCCUGUCUGAGGCAGAGCUGCCAGAGUGUGCCCGACUGGCAUACGGACCAGAGGGGCGGGAAGACACCCGGACGGACGAGGCGGCCGACAGAGAACUGGCCGAGGCUCUUCAGAGGUCGAUACAGGAGAGCGACACUGCAGAUGGACAAACUACCUCGCCGCUGCCCCCACCAUUUACAUUACCCAGAACCUUAGACCAAACGUCCGCAUCCACCUCUCAAUCCCAAGGCCCUCCCUCUGGUCAGCCCCAACCCCCGGUUCCCUCUCGGUCGGACCCGGCCGCCGUGGAGCUGUGCCGUGACCAACCCGGCCUCCAGGGGUUUCCACAGCCGCCUUCCUCAGCAGAGGAUGACGGUUUUGCACCUGUGCAGGUCCACUCUCGCCCUCUCUCUGUCCACGCCGACUCCAAAGUGCGCCCUGUGCCCAGUCCCCCUACAGACGUCCCCGAUACAUGUCCCCCCCAAUCGGACCCGACUACAGUACCAGAGUAUCGGGGGAGUGAUGCGCAGCCCGGCCACGCGGAGGGGAAUACGGAAGCGGAUGAGGUGAUGAACAACCCCGCGCGCGCCCAUCCCGGGGAACUCUCCCCCAUCCAACCCAUGGAGCACGAGCCGAUCGGGUCGCACGCCGCAGAAGCCCAUCCGAGUGUUGAAAUGGAGUCCCCCACUGCCCCCCAGGGCGUGAUGUCCCCAGAGAGGGACCAGCCUGAGGGAGAGCAUCGCUCCGACAGCGUCCCGUCGUUGGCGGCUGCUCUGAUGGAGCUUCACGAGCUGCUGGUAUCCAACCACCGGGCUCAGGCCCAAAACCGCAGCACAUCCUGCUCCCCCUCACAGCCAUUGAAACAGGAGGAAGUGGCCCCGGGGCCGCGCACCCCCUCCCCUGGAAACACCCAGCGGAUCCCCUUUCCUGCCACCUCAGCCGUUGCGGAACCAAACGAUGCCAAAGCCAACCGUGCUGCUGCUGUGUCUGACGAGGGACCAUCUGAGUGUCUCGCGCCUCUGGGCGGGGCUACGGCCGAGGCUGUGGAGGGACAAGGGCCACCCCCGUGUCCAGGGGGCUGCGUCGAGAGGAGGGCACAUGAUGCAAAUAACACCAGCCGGUUUGAGCCUGAGCCCGAGGUCCCUCCUGACCCUACAAGGGACCUGGAGUUUAGGGAACCUCCUGAGGGGCAGCAGGGGAGAGGCGUUGCAGAUGGACGGGCCUCCGGCACCAACACCCCGGACGCGCCUGGCCUCCAAACUGAGGAGCCUUUUCUCAACCCCCUGUCUAUGGCAGUGGGCUCACCCGAGGUGAGUCUCGAAGUCUCUCGCGCCUCCCCCACCUCUUCCCCUCCGCCUGCUCAGGCUCCGCAGCUUGCAGCUCCAGCCGCCCCUUCCCCUUCCCCGCAUCCCUUUAUAGAACAAUUUCCAGCCGAGGACGUCCGGAGAAUCCAGGCGGCAGGGUUUUCUGCCAGGGAGGCUGCAGAGGCCCUGGAACAAGCCCGUGGGGUUGUGGAGCUGGCUCUGCUGGCACUCCUGGCCCGCGGUAUCACUGUGCCCACCAGGACUCACAACUAGUCAUGCAAGUCCCCGGCCCCCCAACUCGGCAUCGCUCUUAUUUACACCUUGUUACUCGAGCGGAUGUCUCAGACCCUUCUCAGCAGGGAGCACGUGUAAACACAGGGAAAUGCUGUCACUUGGCCUGUCGUACAGAAUAUCCAAAAACAAGAAGGGACAACUGGUCAUUUGCUUCUGGAUGUUGCAGAUAUGUGAGGUGUGUUUGCAUGCAGAUGUUUUUGGGUGGCUACCCAUUUCAUUGGUUUUUAGAGAUUUGGUAUGGUAGAUUGAUUCAUUAUUUCUUGUUUGGUCAUCCAAUUUUGACACAUUUAUGAGAUGCUGAUUGAUUAUGAUUUCACCUUUUUAAUGUGUCAAAACUAUUGUUUUAGUUGUGGAGCAUCAUUAAAACAAUUGUAAACGUGGAGUAGCGUUAGUCCUACUCAGAGUAACACUAGGCAGCAUCCUGCAAACGUAUGGAUGUUUGAAACCAUUUUCUGAUGAAUAAAGCGCCGUGUUGAUUUUAAUGUCUGCAGCCCCUUAGUGAUGAUGGAGAAGCUACGUUGUGGUAACUGCAACAGUUUAGAAGGGCUAACUUUACAAAUCAUUUCUCCCCCUUUUAUCUGUGUGCGUCAUCACAUCCAAACGUCAAUACAGCAGUGAGUGCGUUUGUUGGCUUAUGUUCAGAGGUAUUUCUUGGUUCAGUAUUUGUAUUCAUCAUUUUCCACACAUGGGAAGUUUUGCAAUGUGUAGUUAAAAAAACUGUAGCUCCUGUUUUAUUUUGGGUCAAAUCAUCAGUUUAUGUUCAUACCUUAAAAUCAUCCAUAUUCCUUUUGUAAUACUGCCAUAUCAAGGAUUUUAAUGGUUCAGUCAUUUACAGACUGUUCAGGCGAUAUAAUUAUCUACUUCUCUUGUAUGACAUUUUAAAUUGCAAAUAAAGAACUAGUAUUUGUA